UCUGUUUUCUAUGCCUUAUGUAACCAUCUAUAGCUCAUUAUCCCUUGGCAAUGACUCAUAGAAAGUGAAAACAAAGGGGCCCCAAGCCUCCUCACCUUCCACAUGGGUGAUCAAUAUCUAGUCCAUGAGGACAGGUCCAUUCAAAUCUUCUGUAGUAUGGCUCUAAACAUCUUUUUGAAUUGUAGAACUCUUUGAGUCAAUUUUCCUACUCCAGAUUGUCCAGUUUCAGCUUUGGAUACCAGAGAAACCAGACAAUAGUGAUCCUGUUUCAUUGGAAGCAAGCAAAAAGCUAAUGGAAGAGAGCUCAAGACCACUCCCAGUGCCAGCAGCAGCAGCAGAAGCCAAUUUGGAAGUGGAUAGAGAAGAAGAUGAACAUGAUCCAGAAAGGAACUCUCUGCAUCAGCCACUUCUCAAGAGAACUGCAACGCUCACUACCAAUCAUUUGGCCAUGGUUGGAGCAAAGGUCUCCCAUAUAGAAAGCUUAGACUAUGAGAUCAAUGAGAAUGAUAUAUUUAAGCAUGACUGGACGAGCAGAUCCAGUGUUCAGGUGCUGCAGUAUGUAUUCUUGAAAUGGAUGUCGGCAUUUCUCGUCGGACUACUAACUGGUGUCAUUGCUUCCCUCAUCAACCUUGCUAUUGAAAACAUUGCUGGCAUCAAGAUGCUUCUCAUGGCACGCCUUGUGAAUGAAAAAAGGUAUAUAAAUGGUUUUGUCUACUUCGCAGGGGCAAAUUUUGCUCUAACCAUGGUUGCAGCAACUCUCUGUGUCGUGUUUGCUCCAACUGCAGCAGGGCCAGGAAUACCAGAGAUCAAAGCUUACCUUAAUGGAGUUGACACUCCCAAUAUGUUUGUUGCAUCCACACUGAUCGUCAAGAUUAUUGGAAGCAUUGUAGCUGUGUCUGCAGGCCUAGAUCUUGGAAAAGAAGGGCCACUGGUACACAUCGGAGCCUGCCUCGCAUCCUUGUUAGGCCAAGGUGGAUCAGACGACUACCACCUCAAGUGGAGAUGGCUUCCAUGCCUCCAGAAUGAUAGGGACCGCAGGGACCUCAUCACCUGCGGUGCAUCUUCUGGUGUCUGCGCCGCCUUCAGAGCACCAGUCGGGGGUGUUCUAUUCGCUCUCGAAGAGGUUGCAUCAUGGUGGAGGAGUGCUCUUCUCUGGAGGACCUUCUUCAGCACCGUAAUCGUCGUUGUGGUGCUGAGGGGAUUCAUGGAGUACUGCAACUCUGGAAAAUGUGGCUUGUUUGGAAAAGGAGGACUUAUUCUCUUUGAUGUCAGCUCUGUUUCUGUGAUUUAUCAUGCAAAUGAUCUUCUUCCUGUCGCAUUGAUCGGCAUAAUAGGAGGAGUACUCGGAAGUCUAUACAACCACCUUUUGCAUAAGGUUCUUAGGCUUUACAACCUAAUUAAUGAGAAAGGCCGAAUGGCCAAGCUGCUGCUCAGCCUAGGAGUCUCUCUCUUCACUUCCAUCUGCCUCUACCUCCUUCCAUUUCUUGCACCAUGCACACCAUGCGACCCUUCCAUGGAUGCCGCCUGUCCGACGGUCGGGCGGAGCGGCAACUUCAAGCAAUUCAACUGUCCAAAUGGAUACUACAACGACUUGGCCAGCCUUCUUCAUGCAACCAAUGAUGAUGCAGUGCGCAACAUAUUCUCCACGGGCACCUCGACUGAAUUCCGCGCCAUCUCUCUCCUCAUCUUCUUUGCACUCUACUGUAUUCUAGGCCUCUUCACCUUCGGCAUUGCAGUUCCCUCGGGUCUCUUCCUGCCCAUCAUCCUCAUGGGCUCGGCCUACGGCCGCCUGCUUGCCCUGGCAAUGGGAUCAUAUAUCUACAUCGAUCAUGGUCUUUAUGCUGUGCUCGGCGCAGCUGCACUGAUGGCUGGCUCCAUGAGAAUGACGGUUUCUCUCUGUGUCAUCUUCCUGGAGCUCACAAACAACCUCCUCCUCCUGCCCAUAAUGAUGUUUGUAUUGCUCAUUGCCAAGACUGUUGGUGAUGCUUUUAACCCAAGCAUAUAUGAGAUCAUACUUGACCUCAAAGGAUUGCCAUUCUUGGAAGCAAAUCCAGAGCCGUGGAUGAGGAAUCUCACUGUAGGAGAGCUUGCAGCAGCUAAGCCCAGUGUUGCGAGUCUUCGAGGCAUAGAGAAGGUAGCUCGAGUUGUUGAGGUAUUGAAAUCCACCAAACACAAUGGCUUCCCUGUUGUUGAUCAAGGAGUGCCAUCGCCCAUAGGGAUGCCAACAGGAGCAACAGAAUUUCAUGGACUGGUCCUUCGGUCGCACCUCGUUGCAGUGCUGAGGAAGAAGUGGUUUGUAAAAGAGAGGAGAAGAACUGAAGAGUGGGAAGUGAGAGAAAGUUUUACAUCAGUUGAUCUAACACAAAAGGGGCCAAAAAUACAAGAGGUGGUGCUCACAGAAGAUGAGAUGGAUAUGUACAUUGAUCUACAUCCUUUCGCAAAUACAACACCAUAUACUGUGGUGGAAACCAUGUCAGUAGCAAAGGCUGUGGUGCUUUUUAGACAAGUUGCUCUUCGGCAUUUGCUGAUUGUUCCCAAGUACCAAGGAGCAGGGAUACCACCUAUUGUAGGCAUCCUAACCAGGCAGGAUCUCAAGGCCCACAACAUCUUGGGUGCCUUCCCUCAUCUGGCAAAAAAGGGAGAAAAGUGAAAGUACCAAUUCCUAGUCAAAAGGCAGUAAUGCUACUCAGUUCACAGGGAAUUCACGAUCGCUCGUUAUACUCUGUAAAAUUUUCGCGACCACUAUAAUUAUUCUUUUCAUUCCAAAAGAGUGUUCAAAUAAAACCAAUGGCUUGUAAAACCUCAUUCCUUUUACUUAUUCUUAGAUAUGAUUUUAUCAAAAAGAUACCAAAUAACAGUUUAA